AUGGCUGUGGAACUACACAUUAAGCACGGCGAUGAAGCUGUCAACAAGAAGGACUUUUCAAAUGCCAUUGAGCAGUACACGUUAGCUCUCAAAGAGAACCCAGAAGCUUUCCUAGGCUACAUCAAACGUGCUGCAGCUUAUUUGAAAGUCAGUGAUUACUCCAAUGCCCGAGGUGACAUUGACAGAGCUAUUUCAAUUGCCGACAAAAGAGGGAAAAGAGAUGACAAAGGACUUUGCUACUACAGACUUGGUCUAAUAAACUACGCCGAAAAGCACUUCUCGGAGGCAUUGACCAACUUCAAGAAGUCCAAAGAGCACCUGUACCUGGAGCCAGCGUUGGAUAUCUGGAUCAACAAGGCAGAAAGAGAUUUGAAAAAAGCAGGCCAAGCGGCUGAAGAGAAGCCUUUGAACUCUGCAGAAUCACAGUCCAAACUGACCAGUGCCGAUGUUAUCAACAAACAAGCACCAUUGAAGGUGAAGAUCAGAGACGACUGGUAUCAGUCGAACGACACAGUGACGGUCACCAUCUACGCAAAAAACGUCAAGGAAGAAUCCUUGAGUACUUCGUUCAAUCCUCGUUCCGUGGCACUUUCAUUCCCAAGCGGCGACAACUCUGAGUACAACUACAACUUAGAGCCUUUAUAUGGCGAGAUUGACACUGCUGCGUCCAGCUGCAGGGUUUUUGGCACAAAGGUCGAGCUCACAUUGGCUAAGAAAGUCAAAGGUAAGUGGGCUCUGCUCGAAGGUGAUGGUCCCAUCAAGCCUGUGGACACCAAAGAAGGUCCCACAGAGCAAUUAGCAUACCCUACAUCCUCGAGAAAGGCAGUCAACUGGUCCAAAUUCGAUGUGCAAGAGGACGAGGAAGAAGAGGACUUCUUCGCUAAGCUAUACAAGGACGUGGAUGACGAUACCCGUAGGGCCAUGAUGAAGUCUUACGUGGAGUCAAAUGGUACCGUGCUCACGACUAAUUGGUCUGAAGCGGAGAACAAAAAAUUUGAAACCAGUCCGCCCGAGGGCAUGGAAGCGAAAAAGCCCGUUUCAAGUGGAACCGAAAGUGUGGUUGUGACAGGCAAUUUCGAUAAUUGGUCUCUCAAGGAUGGUGUUUUGAAGAAAGCCACUGAUGGUGAUUUUGUGGGAGAUAUCCGUGUCGAUGAACCACAGCGGUUGAUCUUCAAGUUUGUUGUCAAUGGCUCUCAAUGGAUCACUAGUCCUAAAUACAAGAUCGAACAUGAUCUCCAGGGCAACGCCAAUAACUACUUGGAACCUGAAGACUUGGAGGAAGACGAACCAGAACAAAAGCCUGUGGCUGAAAACAUUGAAAAGCCCAUUCGAGAUGAAGACGAUAACGUCGAGGUGUUUUCGUCCCCGUGUUCGUACGCUGCAUUGUCAAUUCCAAGCGAGGGCUUCGAGGAUCUCGGAGUUGAAUCCGUCGAGGGCGUCCCAGAAGAGCGACAGUCCCCGCCCGUGUCCGAGCCGAGGCAUCGUAACGCCCCCAUUGACAUCCCAGCAGCCCAGCCAAGCUCGCAACCAAGACCAUUCCAGCCCAACCACACCACCUCCUACAAAAGUUGCCACACCAGUUCAGGAGACACCACGCCUACCAACUCCGUCCUCACCAGCGGCUUCUUCGGAGCAAAGCAGCUCGCCACCCCCACCCAACAAGAGUCUGAAGUAUCGACUCUUGGCACUCACUCUCGGAGUAGCUCUUAUACUGCUCACUCUCAGCAAGGGUAUAAAGAUUCCCUGGUUGUGAACGCGCUUGGUCUUUUACCUGAGCCGGCUAACUCGUCCAAGAAGAGGGAAGGUGUGUUAUCCCGCUUUAUCGGUUUCUUUCAAUAA